GCUGCGCGGCGCCGAGGCCCAGGGGCCGCCGGAGCCUGCGGGAGCUCGUCGCCGUCGUCUCCCCUCGCCCCGACCCUGUCGCCGGCCGCGGUCCCUGCUGCGCGGACGUCCGGCGCGCGCGAGGAAGGUCCCGAAGAUGGCAUAGUAAUAAAGGCACCUUCUGAUGACCGGGAGCAUCUUUACCCGUGGGUGCCUGCCCGGACCAGUGGCAUCGUGUGGAGCUGAAGGAACUUGUCUACUGCUUUCCUGAAAACCUCUUUCUCUCCUAAUUCAUGAGCCAGCAGGAUGCGGUCGCUGCACUUUCUGAACGCCUUCUCAUAGCUGCGUACAAAGGCCAAGCAGAGAAUGUGGUUCAGCUCAUCAACAAGGGCGCCAAGGUAGCAGUUACCAAGCAUGGCCGGACCCCCCUUCAUCUUGCUGCCAAUAAGGGCCAUCUUUCUGUGGUCCAGAUCUUGCUGAAGGCUGGCUGUGACCUCGAUGUCCAGGAUGAUGGGGAUCAGACUGCGCUGCACCGGGCCACAGUGGUGGGGAACACGGACGUCAUCGCGGCGCUUAUCCAGGAGGGCUGUGCUCUGGACCGCCAAGACAAGGAUGGGAAUACGGCCCUACACGAAGCGUCCUGGCACGGUUUUAGCCAGUCAGCCAAACUGCUCGUUAAAGCAGGAGCCAACGUGCUUGCCAAGAACAAGGCGGGGAACACGGCUCUGCACCUGGCCUGCCAGAACAGCCACUCCCAGAGCACACGCGUCCUCCUGCUGGGCGGGUCCCGAGCCGACCUCAAAAAUAACGCAGGCGAUACCUGUUUGCACGUUGCCGCACGCUAUAAUCACUUGUCCAUCAUUAAGCUCCUCCUCAGUGCUUUCUGUUCUGUCCAUGAAAAGAACCAGGCUGGAGACACAGCACUUCAUGUUGCUGCUGCCCUAAAUCACAAGAAGGUGGUUAAAAUCUUACUGGAAGCUGGAGCAGAUGGAACCAUUGUUAAUAAUGCAGGCCAGACUCCAUUGGAGACUGCCCGCUACCACAAUAAUCCAGAAGUUGCUCUUCUCCUCACUAAAGCUCCCCAGGUCUUGCGCUUCAGUCGUGGGCGAAGCCUGAGGAAAAAGAGAGAGAGGCUCAAGGAAGAGAGGAGAGCUCAGUCUGUGCCAAGAGAUGAGGUGGCACAAAGCAAGGGAAGUGUCUCUGCAGGAGACACCCCCAGCAGUGAACAGGCUGCACCCAGAAAAGAAGAGGCCAGAGAAGAUGUCCUGUCCGCCUCCCCAGAGCCCAGGGCAAAGGACAACAGGCAGAGAAAGUCAAGGCCCAAGGUGUCAGCAUUUUCUGACCCCACUCCACCGGCAGACCAACAGCCUGGACACCAGAAGAACUUGCAUGCUCACAGUCACCCUAAAAAGAGGCCCAGGCACCGAUGCUCACCGCCACCCCCUCCCCAUGAGUUCAGGGCGUACCAGCUCUACACGCUGUACCGGGGCAAGGACGGGAAGGUGAUGCAGGCACCAAUAAAUGGUUGCAGAUGUGAGCCCCUAAUCAACAAGCUGGAGAACCAGUUGGAGGCAGCUGUGGAGGAGAUCAGAGCAGAGCUGGGGUCGGUUCAGGAUAAAAUGAACACAAAACUGGGGCAUAUGGAGAACAAGACCCAGCACCAGAUGCGUGUUCUGGACAAGCUGAUGGUUGAGCGGCUUUCAGCGGAGAGAACAGAGUGCCUGAACCGCCUGCAACAACAUUCGGACACAGAGAAGCACGAGGGAGAGAGACGACAGAUGUCAUUGGUUGAUGAAUUAAAAACCUGGUGCAUGUUAAAGAUUCAGAAUCUGGAGCUGAAGCUUUCCGGAGAUUCUAGGGCCUCUAGGACGAAAUCCACACCAUCUACUUGCGAGUCUUCUACAGGUGUGGAUCAGUCCGUGGCCACUGCAGGUCCGGCAGUGGCUUCUGACAGUUCUCCUCAGGUGGUUAGGCCCAAGGAAAAGGCCUUCAACUCCACUGCUACCCACAGACUACAGCAGGAGCUGUCUUCCUCAGACUGUACAGCAUCCCGACUGAGGAAUGUCAAGGUCCAGACAGCCUUGCUCCCCUUGAAAGAGGCGGCCAAGUGUGAUCAGCAGGCUGGGUCCUGUGUUGACAGAGGCACCCAAACCAAGAAGUCUGGGAAAAGUGGGCAGACGAGGCAUCGGCCCCAGCACACGGCCCCCGGCACCACUGGUGGGCAGCCGCCACCGGCAGUGGGCAGCGAACAGACUGCCUCUCACGUUCGAGACACCUCCCAGGCUCUGGAGAUUACCCAGUAUUUUUUUGAGGCUGUUUCUACCCAGAUGGAAAAGUGGUACGAGAGGAAGAUUGAAGAAGCGCGAAGCCAAGCCAGUCAGAAGGCACAGCAAGACAAGGCCACCCUGAAGGAACAUAUUAAAAGUUUAGAAGAAGAACUUGCUAAACUAAGGACUAAGGUGCAGAAGGAAAAUUAGAACCUGCAAAGUGGCCCGAGAAGGGGUUCUGGAGGACUUCGCUUUUGCAGCUCUCCAACAGCUGUGCCCACGGUAUCGGUUCUCGUGCAGACUUGCCUUUAAAAACAAAAAGUCAAAUUGCUGAAAUGUGCCAGACACCCGCUUUCCUGCACCCCGAAGUUAUGAAACCUUCCACAGUGACAACUGAAGCCAAGAGAGGCUUGCUUUGUGCCAGGUUUCAUUACAAACUCAAAAUCCGAGGUUCAAAAGCCCGGAUUAAGUGAGCCACACUAAGAAACGGAAAGAUGUGUAAAGCCUAAAGCCUAAAAUUCAGGAUAUCUGAAAUAAUAUAAAUCAAAAGGAAGAAGAAAUCCCUUUUGAACCCGAGUAGUCCUUCAUGUGAGCACCCCUGCAGAGCCCAGAGGAGAGCAUCUUUCAGUACGAGCUAUGGCUGAGAUGCGCUGAAUCUGUUCUCUCAAAUUCCUCAUUCUCAAAGUGCUGACUUUUUUAACCAGAUGAAAACUUAUCAAACCGAUUUUGAGGAGAAAAUGAUUUUCAUGAUGUCACUGGAUCCAAAAUAAAAGUAUCUUGCAAAGUCAGAGGGUAUUUAAAUACCUCAUUUAAAUGAUGAGUAAUUGGCUACUAGUGCUAGGAAUGUUUGUUAAUAAACUCAAAUGAGAAAGGUUCCAAUCAUUUGGUCAUGGUUUCUGUAUUUCCAGCCAAAAUACAGAGAGCAGGUUAGUGGAAAAACAUUCACCUAACAAUUACAUGAAACUUCUUUAUAGAAGAAUCCAUAACCAAACCCAAUUAACCACGAGUACCUUUCUAAAUUUGAGCUUCUCGGUCAACAUUUUGUAAAGAAGUAAGGCUAUAUCUUGAAAAUAUUUCACUUCUAAUUUUAUAUGGUCAUCGAAGAACCUCAGAAAUUACCCACUGCUUUGUAGUCUUUAUGUCAAGGUGAAGAAUUCAACAACUCAAUCUAGACCCCACAAUUCCCCAUCUUUGUGGAGCCCCAGGGAUUUUCCUCUGCUCUAUGGAGUAGCUUGGGUAUGUUGAAACUUUGGAUUCAGUUGUCCUUUAAGCUUCUUGCCCCCUUGGUAUGUGGAAUUAUAUUCAUCUCCUCAAAAUUCCAUGUAUGCAAAGAAAUGUCAAUUCUAUUUCCAUUAACACAGGGACUGAGUAACUGUUGUCUAACUUUGAAUAAAAUGUUGCUCACUGAGCCAAAGAGAAAAUGAUUGCUGACAUGGGAACACGCAGAAAAACUGUUAUGUUUUUAAUCCCUUUGUUCUUGCCUAACAAGCUCAGUUUUUGUUUUUUUUAACAGUAACAGUCUAUAGAUCUAGAUUUAGGUCACUAUUACACAACCUGGGUUGGGAAUCAAUUUAAUAUUCUUCCAAGUUUAUGUUCAUGUCUGUGUGUGCCUUGUUCCUCAACUACUGUUAAGCCCGUCUGAUUCUUUCCCAGAGGAUCUGGCUGCACUGCUAAAUGUAGAGGUACUUUCCUUUUCUCAUCUCUGUUCCUAAUGCAGAAUCACCGAAUUGCAGUUAGACGAUGGUACCUUCGGUUUUUUAAAUCUUUCCCUAAUCUGGCAUCACUGACCUCUUUAGACGCCCUCAAUAUACAUCAAUUUCUUGCAAACUGCCAACUACUCAGAGGAAAUCCUGAAAUGUUCAGUAAGUUGUGGUCUAAGCAGGAGUUCUUUUCACUUAUCAAAAUAUCUGUUAUCUCAAGGAGUAACCCUGUUGAGAAAUGCUGGAAACAAAUUUUAUCUAGACCAAGGAGUGCUUUGGUAGGGAGCAUUUUGAUUACGCAACCCCUACCCACAGAAGCAGGCAGCUUACCGUUGUGAACUGGGUAUUUUUGCCAACGUCCUAGGCAAGAGACUAGGGAAGAUUGAGAAGGGUCAAAGGCACCUAGUCAGACGGAUGACACGGCUCUUUCUCGAGCAGAGGGGAAAGCCAGUAGAGGCAAGGAAACCGGAUCAGUGUAACCUGAAGAGACGGCAGCGUCUCGAGACCAAUACAAUAGCUUUUCAUUUUCAACAACUGGGGUUUUUGUUCCUUAGUAUUGUCAAAAACUUGAGUCUGGGUCUGAUGUGUAUUUUUCCUUUCUUCCCCAUGUGCGAACUGCUAAAAUGAGCAAAUGCCACAAUAGUACUUUUCCAAAGAAGCAAAACUUAAUUUAUAGCCUGUCAUUUGGGUUGUGUUUGAAACAGAGAUUGGAACAUUCAAUGGCUAUGGGGGGAAAUGAUGUAAAACAUAGAAAAGUUGUGUAAUGCUGCAGUGGGGGGUUUUGUUGGUGAAUUAUUGCAUUGAAUACAGUAAAUAUCUGAUUGGAUUGAAUAUAGUUCUAAUCAUUUGAAUUUGGGAGCCCAAAAUAAGGGAAGUGACGUUUUCACGUUUAA